AUGAGGGCAGUUGAAGGGCAAGGGUACUUGCCGCCCGGAGCGGCUGCUGAAGCAACCCAUAACGGUUAUUUUAGAAAUAAUGUCGGGGACUACCCAGCUCCAGGUACUUUUUCGUGCUGGCCUAAUGAGUUCGUGCACGGGGCGGAUAUGGCAAAUACAUCGUUUGUUGCAGGUGGAGAAACGCCUGCAUCAGUAAGUACACUAGAAGGCUUCUACGAGACAGGUUCGAUCGCAGCCUCCUACGAAUGCUCUCGCUUCCCAUCUCGGGGAGGAACUGAUCCCUCGUCUACUUCUGACGUCAUGUACUCGGACGACAUUGCGGAUGAGCAGCUGAUGACCGGCUUCGGCCAGGGGCAAAAUUGGAUGCAGCUCACCGAUGAUUCAGCCGGCGUGCACUCAAGUGCCACUCGGACGAGGCCGAUUUCUCCCCCGAGCUUGACGACCUCGAGCGCAGCACAUGGCAUUGCAGGUUCAGAAGGCCACCACGAUAAUGCAGCAGUCCCAACGAUGGGUACCGCAGUGCCUCACGGCAUCAUUCCGCUGGAUCCGCACUGCCAUCCGCCGUUCAUGGACGGUUUGACAAGAGAUUUCAGCGAUCACUAUGAGGAUUGA